AUGGCUGGGCGCAAUACAAGCCUAUACAUCGGUCUCAGAUGUGGUCCGUUUGAAGCUCUUUGCUAUCUAUGUGGUUCUCUUUCCGACGUUGUCCGGAGGUUCUCUCUUCGCGUCUCUGUGAUCCCUUACUGCUGUGUGCAGGCUAUUUCGGAUAUGUUUCGGCUUCGAGCUAGUCUCGAUCAGAUGAUAUUAAGAUUAGCCAUACCCAUUCAUGGGAUUUGUGAACAAUCUAGCCGUCUUCCGUCUAUGGAGUCUUCAAGCGUUAUGGGUGGGAAAAGUAUCACUGCAGGGAGAAUAAUGCGUAAGAGAAGUGACCAAUCUAAGGAUAACAUCAAUGUUCUUCUCCAAGGCCUUCGUGCUGUCUCUUUUCGGGACCUUACUUCACUUCUGGCCAAGUCCAGCGAAGACUCCCUUUCAUCAUUGCAGUUUCUGCUUCAAGAUCCCAACACAACUAGCCGCAUCUAUGUUCUCUCGGUUUUUGUUACCGAGACAUUGGCUCAAACUAACCGGAAACAUGAGGAUAACUCUUAUUUCAAUCCUCCAUCGAUGGAAUCUCGUCAAGCUUCUUCUCACCGUUCACUUGGUGCUGAGUUUUACGAGAGAUCACCGCCUCCACCACCACCAAAGAAAACUAAAAAAGACGAAUCCGAAACAACCGGAAUAUGA